CAAGAGGCCCGGUGAGGCCGUCCCGUGAUGCUCCGCGUCCCGGUCGCUCUGGCCUGCAACGUGUCUGUGGGGCGGAGGCAGCGGCCGCGGAGUUCGCCGCGCGGGCAGGACUGCCUGUGUCUUUGCUGGUGUCCAUCUCUCUGUCGUUGCUCUCGAGUCUCUACAGGCCGCUCCAGAUCUCGACAUGUCGUACAACUACGUGGUAACGGCACAGAAGCCCACCGCCGUGAACGGCUGCGUGACCGGACACUUUACUUCAGCUGAAGACUUAAACCUGCUGAUUGCCAAAAACACGAGAUUAGAGAUCUAUGUGGUCACAGCCGAGGGGCUCCGGCCCGUUAAAGAGGUGGGCAUGUACGGGAAGAUCGCCGUCAUGGAGCUCUUCAGGCCCAAGGGGGAGAGCAAGGACCUCCUGUUUAUCCUGACAGCCAAGUACAAUGCCUGCAUCCUGGAGUAUAAGCAGAGUGGUGAGAGCAUUGACAUCAUAACUCGAGCCCAUGGCAAUGUGCAGGACCGAAUUGGCCGCCCCUCUGAGACUGGCAUUAUUGGCAUCAUUGAUCCUGAGUGCCGGAUGAUUGGCCUGCGACUCUAUGAUGGCCUUUUCAAGGUCAUUCCGCUAGACCGGGACAAUAAAGAGCUCAAGGCUUUUAACAUCCGCCUGGAGGAGUUGCAUGUCAUCGAUGUCAAGUUCCUAUAUGGUUGCCAAGCCCCUACCAUCUGUUUUGUCUACCAGGACCCUCAGGGGCGGCACGUGAAGACCUAUGAGGUGUCUCUCCGAGAGAAGGAAUUCAAUAAGGGCCCUUGGAAACAGGAAAACGUAGAAGCUGAAGCUUCCAUGGUGAUUGCAGUCCCAGAGCCUUUUGGAGGGGCCAUCAUCAUUGGGCAGGAGUCAAUCACCUAUCACAAUGGUGACAAGUACCUGGCGAUUGCGCCUCCUAUCAUCAAGCAAAGCACAAUUGUGUGUCACAAUCGUGUGGACCCCAACGGUUCCCGCUACCUGCUGGGAGACAUGGAGGGACGGCUCUUCAUGCUGCUUUUGGAGAAGGAGGAGCAGAUGGACGGCACCGUCACCCUCAAGGACCUCCGGGUAGAGCUGCUUGGAGAGACCUCCAUUGCCGAGUGCCUGACGUACCUUGACAAUGGUGUUGUCUUUGUCGGGUCUCGCCUUGGUGACUCGCAGCUGGUGAAGCUCAAUGUUGACAGCAAUGAACAAGGCUCCUAUGUCGUGGCUAUGGAAACCUUUACAAAUUUGGGACCCAUUGUGGACAUGUGCGUGGUGGACCUGGAGAGGCAGGGGCAAGGGCAGCUGGUCACUUGCUCUGGGGCUUUCAAGGAAGGUUCCUUGCGGAUCAUCCGGAAUGGAAUUGGAAUCCAUGAGCAUGCCAGCAUUGACUUACCAGGCAUCAAAGGCCUGUGGCCGCUGCGGUCUGAUCCUAGCCGGGAGACUGAUGACACUUUGGUGCUCUCUUUCGUGGGCCAGACGAGAGUUCUCAUGUUGAAUGGGGAGGAGGUGGAAGAGACCGAACUGAUGGGUUUUGUGGACGACCAGCAGACUUUCUUCUGUGGCAACGUGGCGCAUCAGCAACUCAUCCAGAUCACUUCUGCAUCCGUGAGGCUGGUCUCUCAAGAACCCAAAGCCCUUGUCAGCGAGUGGAAGGAGCCUCAGGGCAAGAACAUCAGCGUGGCCUCCUGCAACAGCAGCCAGGUGGUGGUGGCCGUGGGAAGGGCCCUCUACUACCUGCAGAUCCAUCCUCAGGAGCUCCGGCAGAUCAGCCACACGGAGAUGGAGCACGAGGUGGCCUGCCUGGACAUCACGCCACUGGGGGACAGCAGCGGGCUGUCCCCUCUCUGUGCCAUCGGCCUCUGGACAGACAUCUCGGCCCGGAUCUUGAAGCUGCCCUCCUUUGAGCUGCUGCACAAAGAGAUGCUGGGCGGAGAGAUCAUCCCUCGUUCCAUCCUGAUGACCACCUUUGAGAGCAGCCACUACCUCCUCUGUGCCUUGGGGGACGGGGCGCUUUUCUACUUCGGGCUCAACAUUGAGACAGGCCUGUUGAGCGACCGCAAGAAGGUGACCCUGGGCACGCAGCCCACGGUACUGAGGACCUUCCGUUCUCUUUCCACCACCAACGUCUUCGCGUGCUCUGACCGGCCCACUGUCAUCUACAGCAGCAACCACAAGCUGGUCUUCUCCAACGUCAACCUCAAGGAGGUGAACUACAUGUGUCCCCUUAACUCGGACGGCUAUCCUGACAGCCUGGCACUGGCCAACAACAGCACCCUCACCAUCGGCACCAUCGACGAGAUCCAGAAGCUGCACAUUCGCACCGUCCCCCUCUACGAGUCUCCCAGGAAGAUCUGCUAUCAGGAAGUGUCCCAGUGUUUCGGGGUCCUCUCCAGCCGCAUUGAAGUCCAGGACACGAGCGGGGGCACCACUGCCCUGAGGCCCAGUGCCAGCACCCAGGCCCUGUCGAGCAGCGUCAGCUCCAGCAAGCUGUUCUCCAGCAGUACAGCCCCGCACGAGACCUCCUUCGGGGAAGAGGUGGAGGUGCACAACCUCCUCAUCAUCGACCAGCACACCUUUGAAGUGCUUCACGCCCACCAGUUUCUGCAGAACGAGUAUGCCCUCAGCCUGGUCUCCUGCAAGUUGGGCAAAGACCCCAACACGUACUUCAUCGUGGGCACGGCCAUGGUGUACCCGGAGGAGGCGGAGCCCAAGCAGGGUCGUAUCGUGGUGUUUCAGUAUUCAGACGGAAAAUUGCAGACUGUGGCCGAAAAGGAAGUGAAAGGGGCCGUGUACUCCAUGGUGGAAUUUAACGGGAAGCUGUUGGCCAGCAUCAAUAGCACGGUGCGGCUCUAUGAGUGGACCACGGAGAAGGAGCUUCGCACCGAGUGCAACCACUACAACAACAUCAUGGCGCUCUACCUGAAGACCAAGGGCGACUUCAUCCUGGUGGGCGACCUCAUGCGCUCCGUGCUGCUGCUCGCCUACAAGCCCAUGGAGGGGAACUUCGAGGAGAUCGCUCGGGACUUCAACCCCAACUGGAUGAGUGCCGUGGAGAUCUUGGAUGAUGACAAUUUCCUGGGGGCUGAGAACGCCUUCAACUUGUUUGUGUGUCAGAAGGACAGCGCUGCCACCACUGAUGAGGAGCGGCAGCACCUGCAGGAGGUCGGUCUCUUCCACCUGGGCGAGUUCGUCAAUGUCUUCUGCCACGGCUCUCUGGUCAUGCAGAAUCUGGGCGAGACUUCCACCCCUACGCAGGGCUCCGUGCUCUUCGGCACAGUCAACGGCAUGAUUGGGCUGGUGACCUCACUGUCAGAGAGCUGGUACAACCUCCUGCUGGACAUGCAGAAUCGACUCAACAAAGUCAUCAAAAGUGUGGGCAAGAUUGAGCACUCCUUCUGGAGGUCCUUUCAUACUGAGCGAAAGACGGAGCCGGCCACCGGCUUCAUCGACGGGGACUUGAUUGAGAGUUUCCUGGACAUCAGCCGGCCCAAGAUGCAGGAGGUCGUGGCCAACCUUCAGUAUGACGACGGCAGCGGAAUGAAGCGAGAGGCCACCGCGGACGACCUGAUCAAGGUUGUGGAGGAGCUGACGCGGAUCCAUUAGCCAAGGGCAGGGAGUCCCUCUCCCAGAUCCUCCCAGAAGGCUUUGCCCUCCUGCCUCCCCCCCACCCCCACUGUCUUCUCGGCCGCGGGAGACCUUUCCCUAAGCCAGCUGCCCCAGAAGCCACAGUCGCCUGUGUGGAAAUGGGGAUUUCUUAGAACUAAAACCAGCUCACUGGACACCUGGGAACGGGCUGAAGGGGAAAUCAUUUUCUCCCUAGAUUUUUACCAGUCUCGCAUGAUUCCGGCCACCACCUGGGGCCACCGAGCCUUGCUUGGUGCCGCAGCUUCUCCUUCCAGGGAGGGAUUUUGCAGUUCUUUGGCCGAAAGGAAGCUCUGUGUGUUUCACUCAUGCAUUGUCCUCUGCUAUCUUUUUAUUUAGGUUGGGGGAGCGGGGAGGUUGUGGGGAGAGGAUGAGGGGCGGGGAGGGUUCUCUGUCUUUGAGUGAGAACUCCCUUUUACUUUCUUCUGUCGCCUCCGAGAGCUUUGGGUCUGGAGACCUGACCACCAGGCGUGGGCUGCCAGCGUGCAAAACCUGGGGGGGGGGGGACGACCCCCAGGCCGCAGCCUUUUUGUCUCUGGGGAGCUGCCUUCUUCAGGGAGAAGGAGGUGGGUGGACGUGGAUUGGUGGUUAGUUUCUGAGUUUUACCAAAUAAAAGUAGAAUUGAAAGAAGAAA